GCAUGAUGGCUCAGACUCGCGAUUUUUGGAAGACUCCCCAUGUUGCUGCUUCCUGUACUGAAACACCGAAUUCCGUCUCCGCAGUCUGCAACCAAGCUUCACACCCCGGCUCCAUACAGGGGAAGGUCUACAAGUGUAUCCCUUUAACCCUCGAACGCUAACAAUCCUCGGUCAGUGACCAGUCAGUCCUGUCAACCACAGCCGUUGUCCUUGUGGCGAGGGCCGCUCUGAUUUGAGGAACGCAGUACACGAUUUCCGUAGGGGAGGUGGUGCUAGCUGGACAAGAAGCGAAAGGAACAGUAAUGUGUACAAAUCUAGUGUACUAUUAUAGCUAGUUUAAAAAAAUAUAUAUACCUUACUCGUUAGAUAUCUAAAAUAGUCAAAUGCACCUGACCUGAUGGUGACGUGUGAUUGUCCUUACAAACAUCUAUCUGUCAUGCUCGCAAAGUAAGUAACUGGCUAAGCCACUAACAACCAGCAACAUUUACCCCUGUUGCUGUUUUAGAACAACUUUGAAUUAUCAGUUCCUUGUACUGAUUUGCUUCGGAAAGUCGUCCAGGGCACUGUAAAAUAUUUCGAUAUGGCUCCGAAGAGAAGACCCGUUCCCCUAAAUAUCACGCCCAUUGGAGAGGGGCAGUCCAUCUCCACAACCAUCGAUGCUGCGUCCGAAGCCAAUCUGGAGGCCUUACAAAAGAAGCUAGGAGAACUAGAUUUGGACGAACAGCAGAGGAAACGUCUGGAGGCUUUCCUCACCCAGAAAGCCCAAGUGGGCGAGCUGAAAGAUGAUGAUUUCCACCCCAUAUGUGAGCUGGGCGCUGGCAACGGUGGAGUGGUCAACAAGGUCCGCCACAAACCCUCCAGACUGGUCAUGGCCCGAAAGCUCAUCCACCUGGAGAUUAAGCCUGCCAUCAGGAACCAGAUCAUCAGAGAGCUGCAGGUGCUGCAUGAGUGCAACUCUCCCUACAUCGUGGGCUUCUACGGGGCCUUCUACAGCGACGGAGAGAUCAGUAUCUGUAUGGAGCACAUGGAUGGAGGCUCUCUGGAUCAGGUGCUGAAGGAAGCUAGGAGAAUCCCUGAGGAGAUCUUGGGCAAAGUCAGCAUAGCAGUACUCCGAGGACUUGCCUAUCUGCGGGAGAAGCACCAGAUCAUGCACAGAGACGUCAAGCCCUCCAACAUCCUGGUGAACUCGCGCGGGGAGAUCAAGCUGUGUGACUUCGGCGUGAGUGGCCAACUCAUCGACUCCAUGGCCAACUCCUUCGUGGGAACGCGCUCCUACAUGUCGCCGGAGAGACUGCAGGGCACACACUACUCUGUGCAGUCGGACGUGUGGAGCAUGGGCCUGUCCCUGGUGGAGCUGGCCAUCGGCCGCUACCCCAUCCCCCCGCCUGAUGCCAAGGAGCUGGAGGCCAUCUUUGGCCGGCCCGUACAGGACGGAGCCGAGGGGGAACCACACACCAUCUCCAACCGCCUCCCCAGACCACCAGGAGGGCGACCAGUCAGCGGACAUGGGAUGGACAGUCGACCAGCCAUGGCGAUAUUUGAGUUGCUGGACUACAUUGUCAAUGAGCCUCCUCCCAGGCUGCCACUUGGUGUCUUCACCAACGAUUUCAACGAGUUUGUGACAAAAUGUCUGAUCAAGAAUCCAGCUGAGCGAGCUGACCUGAAGAUGCUGAUGAACCACACGUUUAUCAAGCGUGCUGAGGUGGAGGAGGUGGACUUUGCUGGCUGGAUGUGUAAAACAAUGGGCCUCAACCAACCCAGCACCCCCACCCGUGGCACUGAAUGAGAAACCCAACGCCAGCUGCUUCCCACACGAGGAUCCCCAGUGCCUCACUGUCUCUCACACACACACACACAAACACACACACUUUGGCUCCCCUUUCGUCUUGCUCUUAAGAGGUUUCAGCUCUUAAGUAUACUUAUCAUCAACAGGGCCCAUUUACUCAUUGUAUGACCACAGGUUUCCCAUACCAGUGUCAUGGUAGAGUCACACACAUGCUAUUUUCUCCUAUCAUAUUAAAGAUAAGGUACAAAGUAUGGAAGGACUGCCAGUUUAUCAUUUCAUGAAUUGCCAUUGAUAUCAACUUACCACUUGUAUUGAUAAGUUCUGUAUUAUGUUCAUGGUUUGUGCAACAGCAUAUUGGUGUAGGCUGUAGAGGAGCUAUCUUUGACAAUGAAAGUGUCCAUGACAGAAAUCAAGUUAAGUGCUUUGAAGGUACAGGAGGACUGCAAACCAAAGAAGGUUCUCAUCGUGACUACUAAUGUUUUGGAUAUCAUGCCUGAGCAAAGUACUUAGUUUUGUACAUUCAUGACCAGUACAUUUUUGAGAGGAGUACUUUCAAUGUUGACAUUUUGAUUUGAUUUUAAUGGUCAUUAAACACUGUAAAAUGAACAUCAAAUGUGCUCAUUUUACAAAAUGGAAUGAUUUACCAUAUAUUUUCCAGACACCUGAGGCCAUUUUUUUUUUUUUUUUUUUACUUGUAUUUGUAUCAACUGCCUGAAACUCAAGUGUCAAGUUAGAAUCGCGCAAACCGUGACUGCAGAUGCUCUGAAAGGUUCCGAUUUUUGCCAGUCUACUCAAUUUAUUCCCCAGAGUGUUUUUCGGUUCUGCUCCACUGUUUUUCUUUGCGUGAGUAAGUGUAACCUACACUCAAGCGUUCUCUUUGUGAAGCCCCAGCGUGGUGACUGGCUUUGAGCAGGCGGUGGUUGUAACAUGUAUUAGCCUGUCGACUAUAAGAGCCCAUGUACUGUAUGUAUUCUCUGCUUCUGGCUGAUUUGAUCAUUCUCAACAGACUUGCAUUUGUUGGUAACAAAGUGGAUGCAUUGUCGCCUGUAUGUGUAUAAAGCUAUAUAAACAGUACGCAAGUACUAUUUAGCAGUCUUAAGAAAAACAUGUUUUUGACUCGUUUAGGGGGAAGUGGAAGAGAUCUCUUUUUAUUUUAAGAAAAUGUGUUGGAUACGGUUAAUGUAAAAAAUAAAACUUUGAAUGUA